AGAGAAAUAAACAAUAGCACUUUUUAGAAAGAGAAUGGAUCUCGAAGAAGAGGAAGAAGAGCUCCAGGGAUUGGAAUGGGAGGCAGAAAAGGCGUACAUAGUUGCUACAAGCCCACGUAGCUUCACGUAUGGAUCCCCUUCCAGCAAUCAACCUGAUGAUGACUUCUCCUGGGAAGAAGAUGAGACUCCGUCUAAGAGCACAGUAGCUGUACCAAUCAUUUGUAUCUCACAGGAUGCAGACCUUUCUCUGGCGCUAGAUGACACUAGCAAUUCAAAGGAUUCAUCUAAAUAUCCAACUACUUCAAUUCAUGCAACCACUUCACUGACAAAAGCUCCUUUACCAGCAAUAAUGGAGUCUGCAACCGAAUCUCCAUUACUAGAAGCAAAGACUGUAAAUAAUGCAGUCAACGUACUACCACAUACAAAUGAUACACUAACUGGUGCAAAAACUAAUGGAUCAGCUACUGGUGUCAUUAAAGGAACAAGUGAUGAAGUAGCUUUCCAGCAACCAAAGAAAAUCACUUCGCCAUCAUCAGCCUCCUCUCCCUCCUCUUCCACUCAAUCCGUAACCAAUAGCCAUGCCUCUGUUCCUCUACCCCCAUCUCCAGACAUCCUUAUAAUAUACGGACCCUCAGGGAUUGGACUCAGUACUCUAGUCAAGAAACUCGUCUAUCUCUCGCCGCAAAAGUUCUCUCUUGUGAUUUCUCACACGUCACGCUCCCCGAGACCCAGUGAGAUGUAUGCAAGGGAUUACUACUUUGUGUCUCGUGGGGAUUUCUUGCAGAAAGUCAAACAAGGACACUUUAUGGAGUACGUCCAAAUUUCAAGGUCGAACUCUUCAUCAUACUCCGCACAGGCAGUCUCUCCUCGGCAAAGUUUCUCGUCUUUCCCUCCUACCAGUAUAGUAAAAGCAAGCCCUGAUGACGGUGAUCUUUAUGGCACUACGUAUGAGUCGUUCAGGGAAGCUCAGUACUCUGGUAAACCAUGGGUGGUGCUUAAUGUUAGCACCAAAGGUGCAGAGCAGUUGAAGGACAUUGGGGUCAAAGGUCAUUACGUUCAAAUGGGGCCCAAAGGUAUUUCGACUGAUAGCAGGACUUUGGUACCAGAUCACGUCAUUAGGUUCUCAAAUAAUGAGGAAGGUUUCAGUCUACUUGAAAACCACACCCUUGAUCUGAUGGAAGAUGACCACACCCCAAGGACUCCGUCAAUAUAUGAGAAAGCAGUGGAUGAAUGGGAUCGAGUGCCUUCAAUACAAUUAGUAAGAGAAGACAAGAGAAGAACAGAGAGACUCUCUCAUAAGAGGAUCGCUUCCACAGAAUUACUGAGUCACUUCAAAUCUGCAGACCUCAGCGAGCAACUCUCUCAAAUAAAACCGGAAGUACCUGCCAGGUCAAAGUUCUCUAAAGUUUUUGGCCCUUCAAGAUUAUCAAAACAACUCCACAGUGAGAGGAACCUGGUAUUCGCCAUGGCGCUAUGCAAGUUUGAUGAUCACAACUCCAUUCACUUGAGAGCACUUUCAACUGUAUACCAGCGUCUCUCUGGUUCCUCCUCUCCCUGCUCUCGUUUUGGAUCCCACUGGGAGGACAUUGGUUUUCAAGGCAGCGAUCCGACCGAUGAUUUCAGAGGUGUUGGUAUGCUUGGUUUGUUCCAGCUCCUGUGGUUUAUAGACUCACAAAGACUCUCACCGAUCGCACUAGAUAUAUUCCAAUAUUCCAAAUCCACUUCAACUCCACUUCCAUUCUGUGUCAUAUCACUCAAUAUAACGUGUACUACAAUCCAGGCACUCAGAGAAGGGUAUUUAUCGAAGGAGUGCAAUCGCUCUGAGCAAGUAAUCUCCGUCUGCAAUAACUUUUAUGCAUCAAUUUUUGUUAGCUUUUAUCACAAUUGGCGCAGGCAUAGGAAAGGAGUGAUGGAGCUAGGUAACAUACUGCAAGGCGUUGGUAACUUUGCAAAAAGGAAUGCAAAGUUCAUGAUGAGGGAAUUAGAGGUUUAUAUUGGAAAUCAUAAAAAAGGACAAGGAUCAAGUCAACUAGCAUCACCUGAGACUGCAUUGGUUAAUUUCUCUUCUCUUGACUUUUCUGUUUAAUUACCGAUGCAGUCAAUCUUAUUUAUGUCUUUACACUUGACUUUCCUUCUUUUCAUUUCUUGUUUAUGUUUCACUAUAAGAACUU